CAUACCCCAACGACCACCAUCCAGUAAACGCCAGCUGCUCGAAAGGCGCUGCUUGGAUAGGGAUCAAUGACUCCGCCGGCCAUGAAUCCACCAGCUGCGCGUUCGAAGUUGCAGAUUUGUUUCGUUCAUCCGCAGCGUAGGGCUGUUAUUCUGCGGAAAUUCCUUCACUUGACGAACAAGGACACUACGAUUGAGGAGCUUGCCAAGGAGAUUGUGCAGAGGCAUGCUAAACUAUAUCCUGAUGAUGAGUCCAUCGAAAUUACGCGACUCCAGGACAGCGACGGAUGUGAUCUGGAUACCUCAUACAUCGUCUCGGAUGUUUUCGACACAUCAAAUGCUGUCCGCGUGGUGGUUAAAACUCUUCCAUCUUCGCUUGCCCCCACCGGCGGUACCGAAUCGCCCUCAGAGGCCAGCUUCAUCUUUACUCAACCUAAUGCCGCUGCCGCUAUAAUUGGAACGAAGAGGAAGAGGGAAGGUUUGGAUCUGGCGAAGCCGCCAAUGAGUGCUGGGUUCGAUUCCAGUAUUACUAUGGAUGGUGAUAUGGGCUUGGGAUUGUCUCGCCAACAAGUGAAGAGGUUACGGAAAGGAAACCGACAGUCUACACCCGGCCAGUUCCAGAGUAACCCUAAGCAACAAAAGCCACCUAAGUCUCUACUCCCUCUCAAGCCGCUUGCCGCCUCAACUCCCGCUCCGGGUGUCACCGUCUCCAAGACCCCCUCCAGGACUGUUCAGUCCCGAGACCAGAACUCACCCAGUCUCACUCCUCCUGCACAGCCCCAGGUUCAGCAAGCUCAAGCUCAAGCGACUCCUACACCCGCUGCAACUCAUGCACCAGCUCCCUCAUCCAAGAGGGCAAGUGCGAAGAAGCCCGUAGAGGUGCCUGAGUCCGUCAAUGGCGAUGGUGACAUUACCAUGGACGAUGCGCCUGCCGCCAACCCCACCGAAUUCCAAACACCAUCCAAACUUGUACUUGCGAGCUCCCCUACUAAAGCUCCUCGCACACCCCACAAGACUCCCCAUGUCGGCGUCAAGGUGAACACACCCAAGCCUGCAUUGCCCGCAGAACUCCCUUCUGCCGAGAAGGCGAAGGCGGCAGAGAAGGAGGGCGCGAAGGGAAAGGGAAAUGACGUGGUUGCGGAUUUGUCGAAGCCCAUUGAGCCUAAGAAGGUGCAGGAUGUCGUGAAGAAGGCUGAGACGCCCGUGGUUAAGGGAAAGCAGACUCCGGCCCAGGCGAAGAAGGAGGCUGCUGCCAAGAAGACUGAUACGCCUGCUGCGCCUGCGGCGAACAAGAAGGAGGCUGCCAAGCCAGCUCAAGCUGCCGUGAAGAAGACGGAGACUCCGGUUGCUAAGGCUGCCCCUGCUCAGGCUUCCAAAGAUGCCGAAACCCCUGCUGCGGAGACCAAAGGACGUCGCGCGAGGCAGCUUGUGCCACGGCCAAAACAGACUUUGGAGACCGCGCCGGUCGCCGCGAACGACGCCGAUGAUGAACCUGUUCUUCCUGAACCCGAAGCGGCACCGGCCGCGUCUAAAGCCGAGCCUGCCCCUACUCAGACGGAACCUCAAUCAUCGCAACUGCCUACUCUCUCGCAAAUCUUGCGUCGUCCCAGUGUUACGAUUACCCCUUCGAAGGAGAAGUCGGCUCGCGAAGCCGUAGCUGAACCUACCUUAACCCCGGCUCCUGUUCAGGAGGAGGAGCCCAACUCGCCCGGUAAGGGGAAGUCUGCUGAGCUCAUCGCGCAGCUGGCACAGAGACGGAUCACGAGAAGUCGUUCACAGAAGUCCGGCUCUACUCCUCCUGCCGAGUCUGCUCCUGCUGAAGUGCCUCAGACUCCUGCGGCUUCCGCAAGACGUGCGACUCGCGCAAGGGCGAAGUAUCUGGUGAAAGAGGCUCCGGUCACUACGCCGGCUAGGCUCACCCGUGCGAGGUCGAAGCAGGUUGCGGAACAUGGAACUUCUCGGGCGAGUACCUCCAGUCAACCACAAGAGGAUGUUGAGAUGACUGACGCUCCUACCCAGGCUCAGGUUGAGGAGUCACAGAAGCCCAAGGGCGCACCCCAAGACGAGGCUGUUGCCGAGGACGAGUCCUUGAAGCCAAUGGAUGUCGACACCCAGCCAGCUGUUGUUGACAAUAUCUCGGAGAGCGGAUCGUCUGCCAUGUCCUCAAGCGAUGACGAAGAUGACAGUCAGUCUCAAUCCGCUGAGGCUGCGCAGCAGUUCUUUGUGCAGAACGGGGGUAUGGAGCCACCUGCUGAGCCUGUAGUUGAAACAGCGAAUGCUACGCCGGAGAAACAUAUCGUUCCUGAGGUUAAGGCAACGCCGAAGGCAGUUCAGAAGACGCCAUCAGCUAAUGGUCCGGCUUCUCCUGCGAAUUCGGGGGAGUCGUCUGAAUCAGACUCAGAAAGCGAAUCGGACAGCGGAUCUGAAACUGGAUCUGAAUCUGAAUCCGAAGAGGAGGAGGAGAAGAAGACCGAAAUUGCAAAGGAGCCUGCGGUCGAGGAGAAGCCAGCAGCUGUCAAGCCAGCAGCUUCCCAGACCCUUACUCCCGCGGUAACUAGCUCGCAGUCAGAAUACGAGUCUGCCGAGUCCGGAUCUGAAUCGGAUUCUGGUUCCAAGUCUGACUCUCAGUCCGAAUCCGAACCUGACGGUGAGUCCGAGGAGAAGGACGAAAAGGCCUCUCCUGCCACCUCCGCAAAGGUGGACGCUCCUGCCAAGGUUGCACCACCAAAGAAAGCGUCUCCUACGCCUUCUUCAAGUUCAAGUGAGGAGUCCAGUACGGAUGAGGAGUCUUCUGACGAAGAGCCAGCAUCAGCACAGACCGAAAAGCCCAAGGUCCCCACAGUUGCUACUCCUAUGCCCCGUCGCGUUGCUGGCAAAGGCGAGGAUUACUUCUCUCUUGGUGGGACACCCGCUUUGGGUUUGACGCCCGCUGCCGCCGCCCUCCGCAGACCCGAAGCUCGUCCCAGUCCUUCGAGCGGCUCCUUCCGUACAUUAAGUCAAUUGGCUGCAUCGUUCAACCCCAACGUUCGAGAACCAAACAGCGGCCCAUCGAGAAAUAACUCGAUGUCCCUCCUCGUCAAGGACCAAAAGGUCGCCAAGAAGGACGAGAGCGAGAACGAGAGUGAAUCUGAAUCGGAGUCAGAGAGCAGUGAUGAUGAUUCCAGCGAUGAGAGCGGAAGUGAUUCUGAUGAGGAAGAGGCGACGAAGAAGCGUAAGGCUGCGGAGGCUGAGAAGAGGAAGAAGAGGAAGAGUGGGAGUCGUGGACUUCUUGCAUUGACGGCGGAUUUGUGA